AUGCUUGGCGAUAGAAGGAGCGCUGGUGCUGGUGAGUGUGGUUCCGAGUGCCUUGAUCGUCGGAGAGAGAUCGCAACCAUCCUCUUCACCUCUCACUUCGUUUCCAGAUUCAUCGUUGACACCUGCUUGCACUGCCCAGAAACUGAGAUCCGAUUCAAAUUUGCGGAGCUCUUUCUUCACAUAAGUAAUCAACGCCUUCCCCCCUCCUCUCUUGUCUUGUUUGCUCCCGUUCGCCCGCUCACCCGUCCUCCCAACAGCCUGGAGAAGUGGCCGCCUCUCCCCUCCUCCACCACACAGCCAGCAGCACCACGAGCCACACCAGCUGCCACAGCACUACCAGCAGCAGCAGCAGCAACAGCAUCAGCAGCAGCAGCAACAGGCCAGGCUGGUGCCAGUCUCGGCCUCCUAGGCCCUCCCACGCGCCCCUUCACAUCCAUCCACUCCUGCAUCUUCCACUCUCUCGUCUCUGCCCGCGCUGCUGCUGACAAGCAACCGAAACACAACAGACCAUACUGGGAGCUGCUAUGCAAGGUGGUGCAGGGGGUGUAUCUUAGAGACGAGGAGGAAGCUGUCAGGAAGCUUCUGGACGAGGAAAUUCGCUGGCUGCAGAACGUGACAUGGGGAACGGACGGCAGGGAAGAGCUGUUGGAGGGUCAUCUGCAGCUGCUCAAAGUGCUUGUUGAGGUGCUGGAGUGUCGUUCUGUCGUGGCCUGCUCUCCACCUCACGGCCAUGGGCUGCUGCACCUGCUCAUCACUCGCUGCCUCUUCCCUGAGUGGCCGGUGGUCGUUCCAAGCCACCAACAACAACAACAUCACCACCAACGACAACAGCAACACCAACAGCAGCAGCCACCUGCCGAAUCCUCCCCCCUAACUACCUGGGGCGUUCUCUCCUCUGAUCCCCAUGAUGCUGCAGUUUUCCGCCCCCUCUGCGCCUCCUCACCCUCCCGCAAUGCUGCCUUUAAUCUCCUCCUCGCGCUCUGUGCCAAGACCCCUGAAGCCUUGAGGGAGCUUGCCUCGCUGCUGCUGCCGCUGCACUUCGCUUCGGUGGAGCACGAGUUGCCGUCGUGGGAGUACCUCCCUAGCUGUGCCCCCCGGCCGCGCGUGGGAUACGCAGGCCUCAAGAACGCAGGAGCCACGUGCUACAUGAACAGUGUGUUUCAGCAGCUUUUCAUGCAGCCUCAAGUGCGUCGCGCCCUCCUCGCAUUCCCAGAGACGCCCGAGUCGGAUCGACCACUGUCCGUGAUCUACCAAGUGCAGACCAUCUUCAGCUAUCUACUAGCAGGCUGUGCCGAUUUUUUCGUGCCAGAGGGCUUCUGGGAUGCCUUCAGGGACUACGAUGGGCAGCCGGUGAACCUGAGGGAGCACCAGGACGCGUUUGAGUUCUUCAACCGUCUUUACGACUCGCUGGAUGAGAGCAUGAAGGCACAGCGGCACUCUCCUACCCUUACGUCCAUAUUUGGGGGUGCAUUCGCCCAGCAGGUGAGCGGUGUGGUGCGGUGUGAUGUGGUGUGGUGGUAUUCUGACAUUCGAGUACGAUAUGGCCAGUGUGAAUUCUUCAACCGCCUGUACGACUCACUGAAUGGCAUGAAGGCACACCGGCACUCUCCCACGCUCACUUCUAUCUUCGGAGGGGCCUUUGCUCAACAGUUCUCCAACCGCCUCUACGUCUCGCUGGAUGAGUACGUCUCGCUGGAUGAGUACGUCUCGCUGGAUGAGUACGUCUCCCUGGAUGAGUACGUCUCUCCAACAGCCAGGCAUAAAGGUGCAGCGGCACUCCGCUAUGCUCACCUCCAUAUGCUGGUGCGUUCGCCUUCGCAGAUCAUCUGUCGCGGUUGCCCCCAUCGCAGUGAGAGGGAGGAGCCAUUCGCAGCAGUGAGUGUGGACGUGAAGGGAAAGCGCGGCCUGCAGGAGUCGCUAGAGGCGUUUGUGCAAGGCGACCUGUUGGAGGCAGAUAAUGCCUACUUCUGUGGGCAGUGCGGCAAGAAGGUGGAUGCAUUGAAGCGAGCGUGCAUCAAGACCCUGCCGUCUACCCUGAUAAUCCACCUGAAGCGAUUCGACUUUGACUACGAGACGAUGCAGCGGCUGAAGCUCAAGGACCGAUUCACCUUCCCCCUCUCUCUCAACAUGCGGCCUUUCACCCGCGAGGGGCUCGCUCAGAAGGAGAGAGAGCAGACAAGGGGGCGGGGAGGUGAAGGUGGAGAAGAGAGGAGUGAUGGGUACUAUGAGUACAGCUUGGUGGGGGUUGUGGUGCAUUCAGGGACGGCGUUUGCAGGGCAUUACUACUCGUACAUCAAGGAGAGGAGCGGGGACUUUCCGCUGCAUCACGGCCGUCCAUCUCAAUCCAUGCAGUCAAAGCAACGGUGGUUGUGCUUUGACGACAAGCGAGUGGAGGCGUACGAUGUGAGGGAGCUGGAGAAGGACUGCUUUGGAGGGAAAUACUCCGCUGAGGUGUAUGACAACCUCAUCAAGACCUCGUCACCACAGGAGUUUGAUCGCCCCAACAGUGCAUACAUGCUCUUCUACGAGCGAAAUGCCCCCACCACUGCUGCUGGCGCCACCGCCACCAGUGCUGCCCCUGUGGCCGCCGAUACCCCUGCCACCACCACUGCCACCAGUGGUGCUGCCAAUACAGCUGCAACUGCAGAAGGGCUUAGGGCAACAGCAGAGGCGCCAGCAGCUGAAGCCGCAGCAGAGACAGCAGCAGGCGCCCCUCCCACCACAACCACUGCCACCGCCAUUGCCCCAUGCACAGCAGCAGAGGAGAGGGCGGAUGGAGCAGUAGAGCCUUACAGCCUCCCCCCCAGCAUACACCACUGCGUGUGGCAAGACAACCUCAGGUUUCAGCAGGAGUCGCGGCUGUUGGAUCAAACCUACUUCCGCUUCCUGCUGCAGCUCGCACGGGUCAACCUCGACGUCUUCCAAAUGUGCCAUGAUCGAGGGAAAAUGGCAGCUCUAUCAGAUGCGAGGGCAGGCGGGGUGAAGGCAUCACCACAACGCAGCGAAGCUCUGCGGGUGGAGCGAGCAGCAGAGGAGACUGCAGAGGCGCUGCUGUCGCUGUUGCUGCCGUUCCUCUUCCGCGUCUACCUGCGAGCGCAUGCCAGCCUCAGGACAGACGAUCCUCCCUGGGCGAGUGUGCUAUCGCGCAUGCUCGACGCCAACAGCACGGCCUGCCGCCUCUUCAAUGCGCGCAUGGCGGGCAACAGGCGGUGGCUCUUGCACUUCCUCCUCAAAUGCCCCAUCAACGCCCUCUCCGUGGCUGUAGCGGAUCUGCUGGUAACCAGCUUACACAGUGCCGCGUGCUUCCUCAACGUACAUUCGCUAGCGCCCGCUGCUGCAGUUCCUGCUGCUGCUGCAAUUGGCGGGGCUCUUGAAGGUUCAGCAGGGGAUGCUGGGGCAUUGGGGGAGGAUGCAUUGAAUGUGGACUCGUUGAUUGACUCGCUGGUGUCGUUGCUGAGAGACGCCAGUGGCCCCUCCUGCCACGUGGACAAUCUCUGCAGCAUAUUGGUGGAGUAUGCACGCAUCGGCCCCACACAGCGCCUCUCCCUCAUCCGCAGACAACUGCCCGCCACCUGUCUGGACUAUCUGGAUCGAGUGGGAAUCACAGCAGCAGCCAAGCUGCAUCUCUCGCCCCUCCACUCCCUCCUCUCCAUCCUCAUCCGCUCCUGCUACCCCCGCCCUCCCCCCUCUCGCCGCCCCACCCCCGCUUCCACCCCUGCAUCAGCGGGGGAUGUGGGGGGGGAUGAUGAGGGGGAAGGAGAAAGGGACGAGGGGGGAGGGGAAGGAAGGGCGCAUGGAAGGGGGAGAAGGAAGGGGGAAAAAAAGGCGCAUGUGAGGGAGGAGAAGGGCAAGGGGAAGGCAGGGCAAGGAGGGGGAGAGAGGCGGAAGGGGCAUGGUGGGGCUUCCGCAGGGGCAGCAGGGGCGGCAGGGGCAGUGGGGAAGGCGGAAGAGGAGGGAGGGGAGGAGGAGGACGCUGGGUUGCAAAAUCCGGCGUUUUUUGGCCGCCCGGUUGCCAUGUUGCCGCCCCGUGUCGCUCAGCUUGCAUCAGACCCUGACUAUGUCAAUCUGCUGAUCACAUCCAAUCUAGACAACCAGGACACCAUCUCUCUCCUCCUUUUCAUCUCCUAUGGCAACGAGAGCGAAAGCAUUACUGUGCUACGGGAGGCCAUGAGCUCGCUGCAACGAGCAGCAGUCACGUCGUCCCGUCGCAUUCUCUCACUGCUGCUGCACCUGCUGAAGCUCCCAGAUGCCCUUCAGGAGGCACGCCAGGAGUCAGUGGUGAAUGGCUGUCAGUUCUUCCGCCCAGGCGUCUUCGACCUCCUUCUUGCCAAGCAAGUAUCCCCUCUAAAACGAUAUGCGCUGCUGAAAUUCCUCCUGGCAACAGCAGCCUUCAGCACCAUGUCACGGCGCCACAUCGCGGUGAGGCGGGCAGACCUGAGCGCCGUGCUGCAGUGGCUGCAGGAGGAGACUGCCAACGCGCCCGGGCACGAUCUGUCCAAUGAGGAGCUGCCAUCUGGCACGCUGCGCCGCACUGCCACGGUGGAUUCGACCAUUGCCACGGGGCUGAGUCUCAUCAGCCUGCCGCACGAGCCCAACGCAUGA